UUAGCCGUCUAAAUUCUAUACUUUACUUGAAAUAUACUUCCAAAACGCUUAGGUGACAUCGUUUGCCAAUUGUCAAUUAUACGAAAUUCUUAAUCCAAACAAACAACUUUGUCACAGUUGUCAUGGACCAUGACGACAACUUCCAAGUCAUUGCAUUUCUCCUACGAUUGACAAAUCUAUAUGAUGGGGGGUAAAAAACUGCAAGAAGGGAAGCAGAUAAUUCAUCAGACCAAGAAUAAAAUUGGUGGAGGGCAACAGAGACGAUGGCAAUACUUAGAGAUCAAAGGCGAAGCGUGGUAUUGGUCCCGUAUCCAUACCAGGGCCACAUCACACCAAUGCUGCAGUUGGGGGAAAUUCUUCAUUCUGGAGGGUUCUCUGUCAUAGUUGCACACACUAAAUUCAAUUCUCCCAAUCCUUUGAACCAUCCCGAAUUCUUCUUUUUACCAUUGAAGGACAAUUUAUCUGGCUUUGAUACUUCUUUUGGUAAUACAUUAGCCGUUAUCAGAGCCAUAAAUGAGAACUGCAGAGCUCCUCUACAAGGUUCUCUGGCUCAGAUGAUGAAAGAUCAGGAGAAGCAUGGCCAGGUCUGUUGUAUCAUUCAUGAUGCCAUCAUGCACUUCGGCCGCUCUGUGGCGAAUCAUUUGAAUAUAUCCAGCUUGGUCUUAGGAACCUGCAGUGCUCUUUAUAUGCAAGUUUAUCCUACCAUUCUUCAACUUCAGUCAGAACAUUAUUUUCCCUUGCAAGAUUCUAAGAUGCUGGAACCAGUACCUGGGCUCGGCACUCUUCGAUUUAAGGAUUUUGCAAUACCCGCUAAUAUUGAAAUACCACAGCCAUUGCUGAAAUUCUAUGAAGAUACAAGCAAUUUGGGAUCCUCUGUUGGCAUCAUCUUGAACACAACAGAGGAGCUGGAUCCUAUGUCACUAUCAGAGCUUAAGCAAUAUUACAAAGUUCCCUUAUUCACAAUAGGUCCUUUCCACAAAAUGGCUCCAACCUCAUCAUCAAGUAGCUUCUUAAAAGAAGACAGGAGUUGCAUGGCUUGGCUUGACAAGCAAGCUCCUCAGUCAGUCCUCUACCUAAGCUUGGGCAGUCUAGCGAGCAUAGAAGCAAAAGAGCUAGAGGAGACAGCUUGGGGACUAGCCAAUAGCGGCCAACCAUUCUUGUGGGUUGUUCGGCCAUCUUCUGUCAAUGGCUCAGAAUGGAUUGAGCAGUUACCGAAAGGUUUUCAAGAUGCAGUUGGAGAAAGAGGUCACAUAGUUCAAUGGGCACCUCAAAAAGAAGUUCUCGCACAUUCUGCUGUGGGCGGAUUUUUCACUCACUGUGGAUGGAAUUCAAUACUGGAGAGUCUUUGUGAAGCAGGUCCAAUGAUUUGCAGACCCUGUUUCGCAGACCAAUUGGCAAAUGCAAGGUACCUAACUCAUGUUUGGAAGGUAGGCUUGGAACUAGAGCUGGUGGAAGACAGAGGAGUCAUAGAGAGAGCCAUAAAGAGACUGAUGGUCGAAAAUGAAGGCAAGGAAAUGAGGCAGAGAGCGGCGGACAUGAAACAAAAACUGGAUAUCUCGACAAAUAAAGGUGGUUCAUCACACAAGUCCUUGAGUGACUUGAUAGAUUUCAUCAACUCAUUUGCUAUGUGAAAAGUUUGUUCUAAGAAUCUAAGGCAGGCAUUGUUGGUAUUUUGAAUACCAUCUCAUCCAGAAUCAAACCAUACUAAUUCUGAUACAUAAUAAAGAAUACCUCCAGUAUUUGCUCCAGUUCAUCAAAUCUUGUGUAGUUACAUUCUACAAGCCUGUAUCAUCAUCAAAGCAAUACAAAUAAAAAUUUUUUUUUAUUGAAAA